CUCUGGUGCGGUCGUUACUUGACACUCAGUAAGCCGUUCUUGCAUCGCUUGGCGUUUUCCACGCCGAUUGCACCGUACAUAUCCCCGUUCAUAUCGCCUCACAAAACUUUUCACUCUUUUGGUCUCGACAGUGAUAUUCGUUGAUUUAACAGAGAUAUUUCUGUACGCGCUUCCGCCAGAGAGAGGUGAGAGUAUAACCACAUAGUCUAACAGCACUGUUUUCCGGUGAAUCAACAAAAAGUUCUGGGCUUCUCCAGUGAAUCUCAACAUGCUUCCUCAUGCCCUGCUUGCGCUGCAUUUAGCACUUGUGGCGGCCGCCAGCCAAGAUCAAGUAGUAAUUAUAAAGAAGUGCUGCGGGGAGAUGGAAGUUCUGUCGGGCGAUGGCCGUUCGUGCGUGGGAGCAGAUUGGCCGCGCAGCGCUGCGCUUCUCCACGACGGCCUCGGCCGGGUGGUCCCUCCUCUGGACGCCGCGUGGGUAAAGCUCUGGCUCCCUUCAGGGCUCCCGCUGCAAAGCGUCCUCUCCAUCGACCACCCUAACAUGCACGAUCGAAAUUUCUAUCGAAAUGCUGUGAGCGUCAACGCGUCUUCGGUGUGGAACCCGGCCCGUCGUCCCGACGAGAACCUGUGGAGGAGGCAGGUUGUUUUCUUUGGCGAAGGAGAAAUCGCGCGUCCCAAGCCGGGGGGCGGGCUCAGGAGGACCAGCGCGUACUGCGUGGAUGCGGCGCUGCCGCCUCUGGGCCCCCGCGCGCUGCUCUUUUCCACCCUUUGCACCGCCGAGGAGUGCGCGCACAAGUGUUGCGUGGACGGGCAGGCGCUGGAGCCUGACGGCACGUACUGGUGGUGCGUAGAGGACGGCCGGCUGGAUCCGCUUCCGCGAAACGUCUCGUUCUCAGCGGCGCUCGACCCGGAGUUCCCGUACGCCUACGGCAUGCACUGCGCCCGGCCCUCGCUGGUCGCGCGCCACCUCCGCACCGCGCUCCUGGCGCGUGCGCCCGAGCACCACUUCACCUUCGCCACGUGGCGCACGUGCGCCGACCACGUGCGGCACGCGGACGGCGGCGCGCUCGAGGAGGCCGUCUGGUACUGUGAGCACCCGCGCCUCGUGCGAGGCGUCUACCGCCUCCUGCGACCCCUCUGCGUCGCCUCCGUCGUCGUGUUGGGCGCGGCGCUGCUUGCGGUUGUGUGCGACUGUCGCAUGCGACGCAAGGUGCACGGCUGGUGCCUCGCCUGUCACGCCGGUUGCCUCUUGGGGUUCAACUUGGGUCAGGUCGCGUACUAUGUCACUAUCAGCGAUAUUAUAGACGACAACUAUGAGCACGGGGUACCACCUGAACUGGAAAACGUGUGUCGGCAUUUUGAUUGCAAGUGUCGUACUCCAGCGGUGUUGCCUGGAAGAAUUUGCUCGCAUGGUCUUUUGUUUGCUGGGGACUACCUGCGCUGCUGACGACUGCAUCUGCUUUUUUACAAAUCGACAGAAGUCUCUAUUACCCGAAGGAGACUGCAAAGUGGUACAAUCCAUCGCAUAUGGAAACAAGAGUGUGUUACACAGAAUUUCUCGUCGAAUCGUUUUCAGGUGUUUCGGGCAAUAUAUUAAAUUACAGUUCUGUAAAACAUGACACAGCGCUAUUCUAUUACGGUCCUGUCAGCUGCUUGGUCCUAACCAACAUAAUAUGUCUCGUGGUGACCUUAAGGAGAGUGCAGUACUUGAGACGAGGCAACUCAGUUCUUCGCCGAGAGGAGGAGAAAGGCGCACUGAGGCACUCGGAGAGAAGCAACCCUCCAAAAGAAAUUACUGUGAGCGAUGAUGGGAAGCCACGUGAAGGGAGAACCGGAAAAGCAGCUGUGGAUGUCAAAACAAUUAAAUUAUUCAUCAAAAUAUCCUUGAUGAGAGGAUUCGUUGAACUCCUGUCGGAGGUUGUAAGCUGGUCGCUAACGAAUUUCUCCGAGGAAAGUCGAUUCGACGUGUUCGACUACGACCUGCCCUACCGGGCGACAGGCUACGUCAUGGACUUCUUCCGGGCGGCGAUCGUCGCCUGGUUGGCCGCCCCGGAGGGGGGAUACUUGCGCCCGGUUCUCAGGGGUCUGCGGGGAAACAAGAACGAAGCGAAGAGCACUCAAAAAGAAGUUGCUAGUAGACGAAAGCACGAUGUUGCUUAGUAAGGGACUGCACAAGUGGGCAGCCACCUUGAAAUGAUCUAACCCAGCGCUUAUCUGGAGGCUACCGGUGUGAUCCACUGAUUGUUGUAAGCCAAAUUCAUGAGGAGGGGAGGAGGAGUCAGCUCGGGCGCGAUCAGCUCUAGUCGAAAGCAACUGGCAUGCAGGCAACUGCAGUGGAUCUUCGCAACUCCCGUUCUUCUUGAAUUUGAGCAAUCCGGGCGAAGAUAGCUCCCAAGAAGAGAAUAUGAACUCUGGCGAAGAUAAGUCCCAAUUAAGAAUAUGCGCACGGGCGCAAAUGCUUGCUUGCGUCAAGCAGACACAAUAUGAGAUUGGUAAGAGCUGCAGUGCAUGCAAGAGAAUAUUACAAAUGACUAGUGAUUUACACGCUAGAAAGCAAAUACUUUAAACUCAAAACGUAGUAUAUAUCGACUUUUUUAUACCUGAUGUUUUAAAAUAUACUGUUAUAAAUUAUGUAAAAUGAGCGUGAAGAAAUUUAAUUACUUUUAACUGUUCCUUGAAACUGAAAAGGUUCCAGGUAAGUUCUUGCGACUUAAUGAAGUUGUUAUAAUGGCUCUCCAUUCCUCUAUUUUUAUUAAUAAAAGAAAGGAUUUUUUAAAAUCAAUUCAUGUACCCUUAUAGAAUUCUUCAUACACGGCAAUUGAACUCAUAUUCACACAAAUAACCACAUGAAAAUGAGGAUUAGAGAACAUUGUACAUAAAGUGCCAAGUAGUGUAUUAGUAAAGAAAACAUUCUUAUAAUGUCAAAUUGACAUAUAAAAUGCCAGAAAGAUAGAUCACAAUCAACUACUUGUGCUGAAUGUUAGAGAAUAAAAUUCCGAGAACAUUUUUUAACAUUUAUUAUUUAUAUUUUCUUCAUUUUUUAUUCAUUAAUUUAUGCAUUUAUUAAAAAAUAAAAGCAUGUCAUUUUUACCUACAAG